AUGAACAGUUUAGAUGGGAUCACAAUGACAGGGUGGAAGAAUCUAAAGCAACGGCUGUCAUUCAAGGGUCUGGGUUGCUGUGGGGGCACAAGCUGGAGUUCUACUACCCCAGCUAUGCCCUUUAUUGAUAUAGAAGAAGAAGAAGAUGAUCAAGAAGUAGAAGAAGAGCCCGUUAUGCAAAACCAAGCUCAACGAGCAGCAGCAGCAGCUCCAGGUGUUGGGAUGAAUCUGGCAAUGGCAUUAGCUGCUGAGCGCAAUUUACGUCCUUCAAAUGUCAAGACAUUGAUGAGAUUGAUUGAAGAAACGGAUGGUGUUGAUUGGAGGAAUAAAAAUAACAGUGAUAAAAGUACGAGGGACGAAGACCAGGAACAGAAACGGGAAGAAGAGACUGAUUGGGUAUGCUGCGUGUGCAUGGAGAGAAAUAAAGGGUUUGUUCCAGAGAAAUGUGGGUCAAUCGAGGAUCGUGUCCUAUCUGCAACCGCUCCAUUCUCGACAUCCUUGAUAUCUUUUAGUAAUCAGCAGCAGCAUUCAAUGUUCGGCAGGACACGCGUUGCCUAG